AUGGGAUCCUCUUCGUCUUCGAGGCAAAACUCCCUGGCGGAGUCCACGAUACGUAGCAAAGGCGGCGACUUGGACGAGUCGGAGAGUGAGCUCGACGGAGAGACUCUUGACAAUCCUUCGCCAGUCUACCCACUGCCCAACGAGAUUUUAUUGUGUAUCGUCCAGUGCUUGGAACUUCCGGUUCAAGAUGUAAUAACUCCAAUACCUCCGCCGGAGUUUUUAGAAUACCGCAAAACUCUCUACAACCUCUGUCUCACGUCCCGUUCCUUCUGCGAAUACGCGAGGCCUCUUCUUUAUCGGACAGUUAUAUUUUUCCUCUGUUCUCGACAUGAUAACAAUGUUUUUCUCGCUCGCACCUAUGGCAGCCUGGGGAGUUUGAUAGACUUAAUCCGCACUCUACUCCGGAAAUACGAAUACUGUCGGUAUAUCGAAAACAUACUUUGUCCGGCGGGUUUUGGAAGCCGAAUCUCGGUCAAUGGAGAGGAUUCACAAUAUUUGGAAACAUCGGACUUGCGACCCCAGGACCUCUCAGACCGCCAGAAGUUUAUAAUGGACACGGCUCUUUUAGACAACCACAGUAUUCGGGCAUUCACAACGAUCAACACGAUAUCAUUAACGCAGAGACUCCUAGCGGCCCUACUCUGUCUAUCUUAUAACCUCGACACAUUCCUUAUAUACAGGCCACAAUGUACUCGUUUUAUGAUUCUGCAGUACAUAUUGCGCCAAGCGUUGAAGAAGGGAAGAAUUGCUAUUCUUCCUCGACUUUCGACGUUACAGAUCCAGCAGCUUGACUAUUCCAAUAAACCUCCUAAGGUCGGUGUGGAAAUAGCAACGGAGCUUACCGAAAUCGGGAAUUUCCAUCGGCUCCAUAUCUCGCGGGAUAUGGGAUAUCUUACCUUCCCAGAAAAUCGCAAUGAUUCGUGGAUCAGAAGAAUCAAGGAGCUGAAGCUGGUGACUUGUAUCGAUGCCAAGGUGCUAUUCCAUAUCUUCGAGUCCGCUGUCCAACUAGAAAGCUUCUCGUUAAUCGUGUCGAAGCCUUGCGACAUCUAUCGACCCCUGCCGCCGAUAGGGAAAGAUCUCAACAGCGCACUGCUAAAGGUAGCCAAUACUCUGAAGGCCUUAGAGUUAAGGACUUGCCACAACAUGUUGUUCCUAAGCCAGCUUGGUCCUACUACAUCUCUCACCUGCUUGCCUGAAAUGAGAAACCUCAAGACACUAGCAGUUGAACUACCGCUCUUGACAGGGAUCGUUGGUGUAAUAGAUCGCAAAAUAUGUCCAAGACUUCCCCCAAACCUCGUGUCGCUCGAAGUGGUCGAGAUGUGGUUCCUCACGCAGCACUCAGAAGCGGCCCUCUUGAGAGGAAAUACAUUAUUACGGCACCGCUUGACCACGUUUGUCUUGGAGCUCCAGGCUAGUUCGCUACCCAGUCUAGAGCGUUUUCGACUCGUUCCGAGCGUUAUAAACCGCAGCGCUUUUCCGGAACAACUCGACGAGUUCACGGCUUUAUUCAACCAGAGCGGCGUGUCAUUCUCCUACGGGACGGACGGCUUACCACGUCGAUUCUUUGCGAGAUCAGGAUUGGAACAUUGGAAACUCCUCAGCACUUAA